CCGGUGUGAACAUUAAAAGCUUUUCCUAACUAAAAUACCAUGCAGUACUAACCCCUCUGUCAAAAACUUGACCAGUCCCACAUCUAUCCUCUGGUUCACGGCCAUGAUUACAAGACGACGAUGAAGCAGCAGCCUAGACAAUGAAAGACAACGAAAAUAGAUUACACUACAAAACACACACGCAUAUAGGCAGCUAUCCUUCUAUGUGGUAAAACCCUCAACACAACCAAAAUUUGCUCACAAGGGCAAGCCAAGAAUGAAGCUCUGAAACAAGCAUGAAGUCUCCUUCGUCCUCCUCCAGAUCUCCUUCUUCACUCCAUCUCUCAUCCUCUCUCUUCACCCCGAUUCAGGAAUGUGAAGGAGAGGAAGACGAGCUUAGUGAAACGAAAUCGCAAUCCAGACCAAGUACUUGUUGUAUCGAAAAAUCUCCGAGUCUAGGGCACAAUAUUCCAACACCGUUUCAUGAAAAGGAAGGAAAAUCCAAGAAAAGACACGAAGAAGAAGAUGGGUCGGUCUCCUGCAACAAAUGCCGGCCACACUCACGAGAGAAGAUUUCAGUGGUUCCGUUGGAUAACAACGGCAUAAACAAACACUCAUUCCCAAUCGUUAGUCCCAACACAAUUUUCAAGUCCAUAUUCUCGUCUCUGACAAGAAAAAGCCCCAAAUCGACUGAUUCAAGGGAAGAGCAAUGGAAGAUUGCGGUGGCAGAGCUUUCACAUAAGCUGAUUCAAGCAACAAGAAAGAGAGACGAGGCGGUUCUCGAAGCUUCCAGAUUAAAAUACUCCGUGACUGAAUUAGAGAAGAAAUUGAACAAACUUGAAGUCUAUUGCUACAGUUUGAAGUCCGGACUCGAUGAAUGUACUGGAACUUCACCGCAUCAGGUUCGGAUGGUUAAGGAUAUUUAUCAACGCCGUGUGAUUGGUGAUAAAGCAAUAGAACAGUUUCUGGUCUCUGUCUCCGACGCUAGGUCCUGUGUUCGCUUGUUAAGUCGGUCGCUAACCUUGCAAGCGAGGCAUGUAGGAACCAAAGUUUAUGAAAAACUAUCUGUUCUUCUACAACCUUAUGGAAUCAAGAUUUCUAUCUCCAAGAAUCCCAGGAGUGUUCUGUUCUAUCUAGAGGCUCUGUUGAACAAAUGUUUCUUUGAAGAGUUCGAGUCAAUCGGGUACCAAAAGAACUCAACAAAUCAAAUUCUGAACCCAAUGGACCGAUGUGAAGCGAAUUACAAUUCGUUCAAUGGGUUGAAACGGUUGACAUGGGAGGAGGUGUUGAGCAAGGGAACAAGACAUUUCGGUGAGGAAUUUAGCAGGUUUUGUGACAGGAAAAUGAGUGAGAUAGUGGCAAUGUUGGAGUGGAACAGGGCGUGGCCAGAGCCAUUGUUGCAGGCCUUCUUUGGUGCCUCAAAAAGUGUGUGGUUGGUGCACCUUUUGGCUAACUCAGUGCACCCAAGCUUGCCAAUCUUUAGGGUGGAUAAAGGUAUCAGCUUUGAUUCGGGUUACAUGGAGGACAUGGGUGGAGACCGAGCAAGGAAGUUGGUUCCGACUGCGGUUCGAAUCAUGGUUGCACCUGGGUUCUAUGUCUAUGGCAAUGUGGUCAAGUGCAAGGUGCUUUGCAGGUACCGUAACAACAUAAACGAUAAUGAUAUUAGCAACAGUAAUGAUCAGGGUUUGACCCCAUCACCUUAAUUAAAUAGGGUUUAAUUCUUUUAAAAAAAGCUAUAAGAUUUGGAUAAAGCCUGUAUUUUUAACACUUUGUGCUUUGACUAUUAUGCGCUAUGGUGUUCAUUAAGUAUUGUGAUGGAAAAGCUAAGGAAUGUUGGGAUUGAUGGGUUUUCAUGGAAGAUAAAUAAUUGGAAUUAUCUUGUUUGUUUUGUAUU